AAAAAAAAACAUUUCCGUAAAAAAAAAAUCCUUUAUUUAAGUGUUUUAUGUUUCUGUAGCUGCACUGCAGUUCACGCGAUAAUAUGAAAACCUACUUAUUUGUUGUUGUUUUAAAUUAUGUCCAACUUAUAUGCAUGCUAAAUAGAUUUUUUUCUCUUUAAAAAAAAAGUAAACAUUAUUUUUGGGUAAAUGUAGUAGUCAGUAUGACAGAAAUUCUUAACUGGAAUGUUAGUGCUAAGCUGCAUUGAAUAUCAAACCUAUUCUUCAAGAUAUAUUUUCAGUAAUCUAAACUUAUUAGAAAUAGGAGUCUUAGCCAAGAUUUACUUGAAAAUGAGGAAAUAGAACAUUUCGAUGUUCGGGGUAACACAGUAGUAUCCGAUGGUAUAGCAUGGGCAAAGAAGUGAGAAGAAUAUAGACUCUCAAGGAAGAAAUAGUUAUGUCCUUUGAUUUGUAUGACUGUGACCGUCUUUAGUAUAUUUCUAAUCAAGAGUAGAAGGCAGACUUCAUGUUUUUUAUUGAAGAUAUUACAAUGGGUUGUUUGCUCAUGAAAUAUAUGUGCAUAUUAAAUAUUUUAAAAUAAAAAAUAAAGCUUUCCCAUUUCUUCAGGUCAGCAACUGAAAACAGGUUUUGUCAUUUUCCUUUGCUAAAAGGUGAAACUAUUUCUAGUGAAAUGUUUAAAAAGUACAAGAAUUAUUUGGACUCCUUUAUAGUGGAAUUUGAAAAGUAAUUUUUUUAAGACGUCGAGAAAUUAGAACAGUUUUAAAUACCCUCAGUUCACUAUUUCAUGCUAAUUCAGCUUCAUGGGACAUACCUCCAAGAAAAUCAUGACCUGAAAGAGGGCCUCAAGUAAGUUUUUUCACCGGUGUCAGAAGCUAGAAACUUUGCAGCUAAACUUUCACGUUUUUUGGGUCCACAUACAUCUGUGAACAAUCUUAUUUUUUUGUUUUAAUAAACAAGUGUAAAAACAGGUCGAUGUUCUGAUUGACUGCAAUUUGAUAUCAGUCACAAGUUUAACAACUAGUAAGCUUGUGGUGAAACGUUGUAAUGUAAAAAGACAAUAACAAAAUUUAAAAUCUUUAUUCGCAAAAUUCGCUUCAGAAAUCGCUAACUAUUGUUAUAAAUUCUCAAUUGUGAGUGUAAAAAAUAAAAUGUAAAUAUAGUACAAACGUGAAUUAAAAGACAGAAUACACAUUUAGCUAACGUAUUUCAAAUAAGAUGUAAGUACAUAUUAAAACGACUAUGGUUCAUCUCGAACACUUUUUCAUGUAACUGUGAAGCCCUAUUUUGGAGAGACACUCCCGUCCACAAAUAUGGCAGGUUAAGGUGGCUUUCACUUUGGUGGUAGACGAGCUGACCAUAUAUGUAUAUGUAUAUAUAUAUAUAUAUAUAUAUAUAUAUAUAUAUAUAUAUAUAUAUAUAUAUAUAUAUAUAUAUGCAUGUACACACACAUACGCCUAAACUUACAAACGUACAAAAUUACGUAUAUAAAUAAACCAAUCAAAAUGAUUGUUCUGAGAUAUUCACUGUGAGCUCGGUGAAUCAGUCUAGUGAUCGGUGAAUGUUUUACAAGUCGAUGUACGAAAAUAAAAACAUUAAGAUAUAUUUGGAUGGAUAAAAUACUUGAGUCUCCAUAACCUAAAGACGGCCUUACUAGGCAGUACAUGGGGCCGUAGGUGUCUCUUAUGGGGUCUAAUGUUAAUUUUAUUCCGAAAUGUUUGUUUGUAAAAUAAUUUACAUGUUUUAGAUGUGAAAAUAAUUAUAACUUAUAGCUCAACAACACAGCACAUCUAACUGGCACACACCAGUUUUAGAACCCCUCUGACAUUUAGUGACAUUUGACUAUUCCGUGCAGUUAGCACGAGACUUUUUCUUGGUCGGUAACUUACCACGGGGUGAACACGUCAGUUGAUCUUGGACUCAUGUAGAGAGAGGUGCGUUACAUAUUUGCCAUUGUGUUAAUGUAUGUAUUAAAGUAAUGUUUAACGUGUACACAGUGUAUAUUUCAUUGGAGUAAUUUAAUGUGAAACGGGACGUAUAAUUUAUGAUGGCUGAAGUUGCCAAUAUCUUUUGUGGAAUAUAUAAUAUAUUAUUGAUGUAAAUAAAAACCAUGUCUGCUAACAUCGAGUUUAUUAAUUUAUUUAUGAUGUUGUUGUCGGAGAGCUCAGUACGUUACUAUUCUUACGCACCAGCAAAUCUAGUGCGUGCGUGAAAGUAUUUAAUUAAGAAGACAAGAACACUAUAGUAGUACAAGAAGAGGUAUCUACAUCACACAAGGAGCAGACCAAUCCAGGACCAUCCAGGCCGUUACAAGUAUUAAGGCCGUGACACUAACACAAGAACUUGACAACAAGAGUUUCAAGUAACAAUGUGGCGGUUUAAUCACAAGUACAUCAACAACCAAUUCAACACAAUUGGCUACACUAACUACAAAUGCUUGGCUACACAACCGAACUGCUGUACCAAACUAUUCUAGUCUCUCGGGACACGCACAGCUAAAUUCUUGAGGACUCACAUAGUACCGCACCGUCCCUGUUGCCUAGCUGUCCUGGACUCACACUGUACCGCACUGUCCUUACUGCCUUGCUGUCCUGGGCUGAACUUCCUUUUCUCACACACUGUCUCUCGUCCGAGAAGGCUUUCGAUCACAUGACCAUAACACGGGUCAUAUUUGUUUGCGUUUCCCUUGUCCAUUGACACCCGUUGACCUGUGUGUUUAGCCUGAGUCACGUGUGUCAGUAGGUGACACACAAAAAGAUUUCACACGGCAUUAGUAAAAAGAAGGAGAUACUAAUUUUGACACAUUCAUGCAUAUCUGGGAUAUUUCCAAAUAAGUACAGAACUAAACUAAUAACAUAGUUGGUUUGUAAGAAUAUAUUUCAAAUUUAUUACGGGUCUAUCGUCAUUGACAUGAUUUUGUUUGUCAAGACUUUUCAAGAUUCUUUUUAAGCCCUACAUGUAUAAAAACCUAGAUAUUCACAGGACAAGAUGGCCACACAAAACUGAAUAAUAGAAUCAGACAAGGUCUGCCUAGAUUGGUUUUCAAAAACAUUCGAUGAAAGAGGUACAAUCAACAUGUCAGGUGUGAGACUAAGCUAUAUUGAAGACAGCCUGUUUUGGCGAUAUCAGGAGUUUGGUCCCUCUCUGAAUAACGCAGAAAGAAAAGUAAACAUAAAUGCUAAAGACAAUACCAAGGAGCACUACUGUAAAAUUAAAGUGUCUGGAGUGUGCAAAGAAAAGAUGAAGAUCAAACUGUCAGACAUUGAGGUAGCAGUAAAUAUAGAUUCAGGAAUGUCUCUUGUCGAUGAAUCAAAUUCCGAACAGACUGUUGAGACUGAGUUAGACACAUCUACCCUGUUAGCUUCUGCCGAGAUUAAAGUUCUAUGUAAUUAUUUUAGAGGUAGCUUAAGAUGUAAGGUAAACUAACUGGCAAUAUCGUAUUUUUGUCAAAAGGAGGAGUCACUCGAGAGAAUAAUAUCAGUAGUAUUGUUGAAGAGAUACACGCAAGCCUGGGAGGAUAUAUCAAUGUUUUUACAAUCAUUAAAGAACCAGUGCUUCACAGUUUGGAAACGACUACUGGAAUAUCAUGGAACAUGAAUGGUACUUAAAAACAGUCGUGGAUCUCAAAGCCAAAAAUAUGUUUCAAAUAAUUACUUUCUAUUUCUGUAUCUGUUGUGUGAACUUUAAAUGGAAUCAAUUUCAAGCAAAAUUGUAAAAUUUCUAAUAGGUUUAAAUUAAAUGUAUUCUUUUUCUGCAUAUGUAAGCAAUAAAUAUGCAUUAACUCUUUCUCUCCUAACUGACGAUACCAACGUUGAUUGCACUAGAAUGUGGUAAAUAAUUACGGAGAGAAAGAGAUAAAUUGAUUGGUGUCUAUGGAAGAUAAAAAGUGAGUUUGACAAAAUAUGCAUCUACGAUUUCAUAAUAACAAAUCUGAUUCUAGAUUAUAAUUUAGUGGAAAACAGAUGAAUAAAACUGUUAUAAAAGAGUUCACUAAAAUAAUUGGAUAAACAAUAAAAAGACA